AUGUUUUGUACUUUGCUGCUCCACGGCUCGUGUUGCAUUUGCGACUUGAGCUUCAAGGUCACCACCGUCCUCAUUGAUCAGGAUGCGACGUCAGCUCAGCGCCAGCCGGGCAAAGAGAUGCAGCAUGAAGAGAAUGACGAGGGUGAGUCAGAGGAGGAAAGCGAGCCCUCCGAAGAGGAAGCCAGCUCGUCCGAUGAGGAGGAGGAGGACGACACUUACGAGUUUGAGAGUUGCCUCUUGCACCGGUUUCACGGCAAGUCGUCUCCUAGUCAACCUGUCCGAAUAGACCGGUGUGGAUCGGCUGGCAAGCUAGCCGAAAGAGCAGCACUGGAUCUUAAGGUUCGUGGGGACCUAACUGACUUCAUCCGCAUACGUGUGGCAAUUCGCACGAAGCGGGGCAUCAUGGAGAUCGCUGGGAGUACAUGCGCAGCCAAGGUGCAGAUGUUCCGAUCGGAGGUCGCAACUACGGAGGUUGCCGCCCCCCUGGCAAUGACCAUCGUUGUCAUAGUUCCGGAGGGACCACAGGGAGCCGAGUGGUGCUCGCGAGCCGAGAGGGACAGAAAGGCUGUGAAUGGCGUGGACGGUUGGGUCCUUGUCUGUCCUGCAGACAGCACCCGCAAUGUCCUGGAGAAGAUCGCCGAUGCCGGUGGGAUUCGGUCAGGUUUGCAGUUGCAGUACCACUUGUUCAUGCAGGGCAAGCAAGGCUUAGGAGCCUUUGGCUUCGUGGUCUGCGCCUCGGACUCGGUCUCCGAGAAAAUCGUGGCCGUGAAGAGCCUGAAGCUGCAGGUGGACCCCCUAGUGAUUUUCAACGAAGUGGCGAUGUUGAGGGCAGCGCAAGGCCACCCCAACAUCGUCCGCUUUCGUGGUCUCUGGGCAGAUCCUACGAACGCCGAGCAGUCGAAGGGUGGUCGACAGUGGUACAUGGUCAUGGACUACUUCAAGGGCGACUUGUACGAUCGAAUCGUGGAGGGCCGACGGCUCCGAGAGAAGGAGUGCGUGCCAAUCCUUCACAGCGUCCUUUCGUCGAUCGCUUUUCUUCACAAGCGCCAGAUUUUCCACAGGGACAUCAAGCCCGAGAAUCUGCUCAUCGAAACGGCUGCAAAAGUUGUUUUGACAGACUUCGGCAUUGCGUGCCUGGUCACAGACGAGUCCGAGCUGAAGCGCAAGGUUGGAACCGUCGGCUAUGCCUCCCCCGAGAUGUUGGCGGGUACGGCAACAGGCUUUGAAGGUGACGAGUUCGGAGCGGGCAUCGUCCUGUACUUCAUGCUCUCCAAGUCGACGCCGUUCCUGGCGCCCACGCCGGCCAUGACCGUCGAAAAGACAUUUCAAGGGAAGGUGAACAUGGCCUAUCAAUGCUUCGACCACAUCAGCGAGAGUUGUCGCAGCAUGAUCAACGGGCUGGUGUGCAAGGACGUUUCAGCUCGCGUCAGAGCACAUGAAGCCUUGAACACGACCUUCUUGGCGACCCGUGCAAGCUUGACUGAGCCGGUUCUGGACUGCUCGGUGAUGAUGAAGCCGAAGGGGUCCAACCACAGCAUUCUCUUCAGCAUCGCUGAGAAGUCUGACAAGCAGGGGUCCACAACACAGGGCAACCUCCCGGCCAUGCGAAACAUGUGA